AUGAGCAUCAUGAACAGCUUCGUCAACGAUAUUUUUCGAACGUAUCGCAGCGGAAGCAAUCCCCGAUUGGCACAUUACAACAAACGUGCCACGAUAACUAGCAGAGAAAUUCAAACAGCCGUUCGACUAUUGCUACCCAGGAGAAUUGGCCAAGCACGCCGUCAGCGAAGGUACCAAAGCCGUAACCAAGUACAACCAGUUUCGAAGUAA